CGAUAAUAUGGCCUAAAAUUUUAUGGUUUUAUCAGAUAUAGCGUGAAUUAUAUAACCUGACAAAAAAAUGUUAAAAUUGGUUUCGAAAAAUUGCAUGAUAAUGAUUUUGUUAUAUGAGAGACGUGGAUGAGAAAUCAAACUUCUGUUUAGUUCCUUGGUUAAUUAACUGGUUUGUGGAAUUUGUCCAAUUGAUAUUAUUUUUCAAGGUACAGUGGAAUCUGUUAUAGGAUUGCAAGAUCUUAUAUUCUGUAACAUCCAUCAAACCAAAGUUGAAUCCUCGUUAAUGUAAGCAACUGUGUACAUGUAACACUUCAAACAAUGUUUAAUAGUUUUUCCUUUAAAUUUGCUGCAUAAAAUUACUCCAGCACCAGACCCUUUCUGUGAAGUUGCUUUCUAUAAAUUUGCUUUGUAAAUCAUUAAUAAAAUUACCAUAAUAACGUGUGAAACUAUUUUUAUCCUUUUUUGCUCUUUAUAAAUCUUUUGCAUGGAAAGAAUAUUUCAUCAGAAUAUUUCUUGAACAAAAUAUGCUAAAAUCCAGUAAGAAGUUGUGAGUUUUCAAGCAGAAUCCAAAUACGCACAACUAAUGUUGCAUUGCCCUACAUUGUGAAUAUUCCAACAGACUGUAUCUAUAAAUUCAUUGCCAAUCUCUUGGAAACAACUUUUAAAAAUCAUUUGAACCAUGGUUGACAACACGUGCAGAAACCUUUGGUGUGUAUACAGAGAAAACAAGAGAUGACAGCUAGGGACUUAAAGGCAGCAGAUGAAAAUGAAGAGAAGUUUGGAACUUUGGCCAGGUCCUCUGCUCUGUUGUUCUUAUUAUGCAUCAGGGCAUGAUCUAAUCCUGCAUUGUACAGGAAAUUAGUAGCAUUAUUUCUGCAGUUGACUGCUCAGUCCGGGCAGAUGAAAUGGAACGAGGCCUAAACACAACAGAAGAGAACGUCACUCAACUCGCAGUGAUUUCUAAGGAACCAAAGACUCCCGGGAGGUCCAGCGCCCUCGUCUGGUUGAUGGAGAUGCCAAAGGACGCCGCGGUGCCAUCCAGGACCAUGCAGAGGCACCGGGGAUCGGUCUGGACGACUCCAGCGAGCACGGAGCAGCAGGAGAUCCCCGGUUCCGGGGCCUUGCUCGAGAUGAAGUCCAUGCACGGGGAGAGGGUCAUCAUCACGCUCGAGCAGCCGUUGCCCUGCGCCGCAACCUGGGAGAAAGCCAGCACCACCACCAGACUUGCCAUCGCCAGGGCGGUACCCAUCGUUCGUGCAGCCAUCAUCAGGCUGCACGAAGCGAGAGCUUCGGUUCUUGACAGAGGGUGUGGUCUGUGAGGACGGUGGAGGAGGGAGGUGGCCAAUGGUGUGGUGAUGCCGCGGGAUUGUUGGAAUCCUAGUAUACCAGGUAGCUACCAUGCUCUCCCUGACCACACAGGUGUUUGGCCACAGCAGGGAAUGCACGUAGCCUUUGCUUGCAGCAUACUAUUUAUGGAAAUGCUUCUGUGUUCAUGCAUGACUGGGAAGAGCCCGGUUGCUUCAAGCCCAGCUCGUCAGCUCCAGCCAUCGGUUCCUGGGUCUGGGCGGUCAAUUUCUCAUUGAAUUUGUAACACGGGUCUUGAAAAAAAUAAGCUUCUGAUUGUUGAGCUGUUAUUUGGAUUGUCCCAAGAACAAGCUUGGUCAAUCACGUUUUGCCCCUUGAUCAUUAUGUUUUAGAGGCUGGUUCAUGUGUAUACAUGAGCGAAGUCCCCUGGUAUGUAAUGGAUAUUGUAUCUGGCGAUUUGCCUUUGCAUAGAGCUUGAUACUUGCGUUGCA